AUGCAACCAUCUGCACUACUUAAUCGACAGGAACGAGAACUGGCGAGUGAAGCUCCUGUUCUCAUUAAUGUAUCUCGUGCGGAGGCCCAACUGCAGCGGGAAUUAGAUCAAAGCACGGCUGAACGUAGACGUGUGGAGGAGCGACAACAUGUCGUGUUUGUCCGCGAGCGGGCGUUCGUGCGGUCUCGUGUGGAUCGCGAGAUGGAGGCGUUGCUGCACGGCGUGGCGGGAGUCGUGCCGCCCUCCGUGAUUGAACCUCCCAUCCUGCAAAGUAAACCAGCCAAUAAACAAUCACAAUCACAACAAGAAGGAAGAAAAGGUAAAAAAGUAGUAUUACAUGAAAUCCCGGCUUCUUCUGCAGUGGGAAAGGCGACAGGGUUGCCAUACAAUCAAAAACAACAGCAACAGCAACAGCAGCAGCAGCAGUAUCAACAUGGGAAGAUGUAUGUAGCUGGAAGAGAUCCUGCAGUAGUAGCAUCACCGCGAAAAGAAAUGGAUGAACUUCCACGUGGAUUUCCCAUUCCCUUUGAAGACUCUGGUUUUCAAUGUGUGAUACAAUGGGCAGAAACCAGUUUUCAAGAAGUGUUACUUACCGCACUUGGUCCACGAUCUGUACGAGAACAACGCAGAGGAGCUGAAAAGCCUAAUCGUCUUCUUGUAAGUGUAGCAUGUCAUUUACUGAAUGAAGUUCUUAGUCGUGAUUCUAAAUACUCUAUUCUAUGGCCUUUACUUAGACAAGUGAUAUUUGAAGCUACUUUUACACCUGGUAAUUUUCAAUCCUUUCAAACUCCAGAUUUUUCCGAUUCUACUUUCUCCUAUUCACCUUUUAAGAAUUGUCAUGAUUUUGUAAACUUACACUUAUGGUCUAAUGCUUGUAUAUCUGAACGAAAAGAAAAUGUUCAACUCUCUCAACGAAUACUUCAUAUGCAGGAUGUUGUUCGUAAGAGUCAUUUAGUGCUUCGUCUUGCACAGAGACGUGUGGAUCGUGUCUCGCUUGAACACACAUUUCGUGCCUGGCGAACCACCACAAGAAGAACACGUGCCUUUCGAGAAGCCGCAAUGGCAUAUUUAUUGCGAGUGAGAAGACGUAUUCAAGUGGAGGGAUGUUUUUUACGUUGGCGGCGUAUUGCCACUCAAUCACAUGUUGCCUCAUUAGUGAAAAUGUUAAAAGAGUCCGAGUUACGUGUAGCGUUUUUGGAAAAUGCCAAUAAUACAGCAGUGGAUACUUUAUCCAAGAAACUAUUAGAAGAACAGAGGAAUAAUGAAAUAUUAAAGAAAAGAAAAGAGGCACUCAAAUCACAAUUAGCAGAAAAUCACGUAUUAACCCUUCGAACUAUGCAUAAUGAACUUCGACAGUUACAAUAUAAUGUUCUCACUGCAAAAAAGAAUGCAAAACGUUGGGAACGACUAGCGAAAACGUACACGUGUCAAACUAAAAUUAUAACGGUCUCUUCAACUGUUCGAAAAAGUGGUUUAGUGUUAAGACGUGUGGAGGAUGAAUUUGUUUCUCGUGCGGUAACGGCAAAAGAUCGUCUUUCAGAAGCUCGUCAAUGCCUAGAGACCUUUCUUCUGGAUUGGGUAAACUUAUUUAUGCGAAAUAGUACAGGUGGGGUCUUUUGGCAUGCUGUCAGUAAAAUAGAUACAGGACUACAUGAAGGGGAUUUUGGCCCUACAGGUUUACUUAAACUAGUUCGGGCAUUAGAAUCCCUUUAUAUUGCUAGAGGAGCUAAACGAAUGGUAUAUUUUCCUUCAGCAGUACAACGGGAAACGGAUGUACUCACAUGGAAACGAGAAAAUGCUUCUGAUAAUUCAUCCGAUACGGUAAGUGAAACACUUUUUAAAGAAGUUAAACGUGUAUUAUACUUGCAAACUGCAGAAGGUCUCUUUCCUUCAUUACUUACACACUGUUCUUUUCUUAACGAUUUCUUUACACCUGCUUUAUUUUGUAAAUUUCCUCAUCCAACCGCUAUGCUGUGGGUACUGGCGACGCUUUUCAUUGGAUAUGUUCGUACAGUGGGUGGGGGUCCAGUUACAGCAGAGCAGGAUGUGGAUUCACGCCUGCGUUGCCGUGGAGAGGAUAGACUUAAUAACUAUGUGGUGGAUGUUGUAAAUGUAAAGGACACUGCAGGAACAGCUGAAAGAAAUGCUGUUAGUAUGUCCCAUACGAAUGUAAAAGAAGGUCGAACCUUUAUUGUUUCGAAUGACACUGUACUUAAAAAGAAUGCACGAUCAUUUGUGCGUCGCAGAACUUUUAUACGCAAACCCAAUAGUGAAAAUGGUGAUGUCGAUGGUUCUCAGGAUGGAGAGAGACUGGUGGAUACACUCUCAGACCUUGAAGUCUAUCUUGGUCUCGAUAAUGCAGAUGAUGAGAGUAGUAGUAGCGACAGUAGCAAUAAUAAUGAUAGUAGUAGUAGUAGUAGUAGCAGGAGGAGUAGUAGGAGUAGUAGUCCUGCUGUUGGUGCUGCUGGUAUGGGGGGUAAUACCAAUAAUACUACUGGUACGGAUAGUAAAGAGAAUGUGAAGAGUACGGCAAAUGGUACACAAGGAGAUGGUACACCCAGUGAUUUGCAUUCCAACAUGCAUACUCCAGGUAUAUCCCCAAAGCCGGCAAAACAACAAAUAGAAAUGGAAAGACGAAAACGUGUAAAACGAAAGGCCCACUUAAUUCCACCUGUUAGUACUUCAUUAACUCAAGCUACACAACGGGAAUAUGUACAACUACAUCAAGAAGAAAAGAAACAACGACGUAUUUGGGCAGGUCUUGCUCGUGUUGUAUGUUCUCUUAUUGUGCGUUUUCAUAUUUUAGAUUUGACGCCUUCACCCACAUUGGAACGGAAAAAGACAACUUUAAAUAAAAAACCAGUUGCAUUAAUGCCCUUAUCUAAUACAUCUGGAAAUGUUUCUACUCGAUUUGGAUCUGCACAUCGUGGACAACGGAGGUCCGUACGAUUAAUGGCCUCAUCACGGUCUAUGGACAAUUCAAGUAAGUCUUUUCUGGAUAAACAGGGGGAGAGUGUGACUCUGCGAAGAUGGUUGGAAGAUGCGAAGGGGGGUCCGCAUCAACGAUAG